AUGGGGGUGGCCUCGCCGGCGAUCGCGCACGCCGCGGCCGCGGACGGCGGUGGGGACGGGGCAGGUCAGGCGACGUCGGGGGUUGCGGGGAGCGAGGAGCCGAUGCCAGCGGAAGGGGUCCCGGGCAUGGGGGUAGAGGGGAAGGGGGCGGAGCCAUCGGAGGGGGUGUCGGCGGCGAUCGCCGUGGAAGAGGAAGAGGAAGAGGCGGAGGAGGCUGUUGCGGCGGCGGAGAAUGAGGAGGGCGAUGCGGAUGAGGAGGAGGGGGAGAAGAGUCUGGGGUGUUACUCCUCUACCCAGAGCAUACUGCUCGUCGGGGACGGGGACUUCUCCUUCUCGCUGGCACUGGCCACUGCGUUCCGCUCCGGCACCAACAUCGUCGCCACGUCCCUCGACACCUACGAGGUGCUGCUAGGCAAGUACAGCGAAGCAGAGUCAAACGUAAUGAAGCUGAAAAGUCUGGAAACCACGGUUUUGCAUGGCAUUGACGUGAAAACAAUGAAGUCUCAUAGUGACCUGAAGAACAGACGGUUCGAUCGAAUUGUCUUUAAUUUUCCUCAUGCUGGUUUUAAAGGGCGUGAAGACCAGGUUCAUAUGAUCAAUUUGCACAAGAGUCUGCUGAGGGGCUUCUUCUGCAAUGCACGCUACCUGCUUAUACCUUAUGGUGAAAUCCAUGUCAGACACAAGACAGGAGGGCCAUACGACAGAUGGGAUCUUGAGCAGUUAGCCUUUGAUUCUUCUCAUAUUAUGGUUGAGAAAGAAAAGUUUCAAAUAGCAGACUAUCCUGGUUAUAAACAAAAGAGAGGAGAUGGUGCAAGGAGCAAUGAACUGUUCCCUCUAGGUCCUUCUUGCACAUUCAAGUUUCAAAUCGGAGACUGCAAUAAGUGGAAGGAAUCGAGCAGAAACAAGGGUACUUCAAUCUCAUUCCUGGGUGGAAGCAAUGCCCAUCCUUCUGGCAAAUUGGGAACUUACACAAGGCUACUUCAUGAGCUUCCACCUGUUCAGGCAUGGCCUUGGCCACAUUUUACUCCACCAGGCCGCAUGCCAAUACCUCCACAGCCUUACAUAGUUGCUCAAAGGCAACAGCAAGGUCCUCCACUAAGCUUGGAUGGCAUCGUGGGGGCUCUUUUUCAUGCACAGACAAUGUUCAGCAUCACAGGGCCAUCGCUCAAUGCUUUGUGUGCUCCAGGCAGCAUUUCUUCGCCAAUGAGAAGAAUUGCAUGUCCCAAUCUUGUUGCACCGCAGGAGCAGCCUUGGCAUCAGCAGAGAAAGAUUUCUGGUCCGCUGGGAGAUGAUUGCUUUUACUUUGAACACCAAAGGUGUCUGCAGAAGGAUUGUGAAGCGCAGAGGAAAGCUGUGGUGCCUGGAGCAGCCGGGUUGAGCUAUUCUUCUGCUUUCUUGGAGCAAUGCUACAGGGAAUCUGUAACUGUCCAGAGGGAGGAGGGGCUGAGAGAGUGUGAAGUACAGAGGAAAACCAUGAUGCCUGGGGCAGCCGGCUUGAGGUAUUCUUCUGCCUUCUUGGAGCAAUGCUACAGGGAUCGGCAACUGUUCAGCGAAAGGAGGGACUGAGGGUGUGUGAAGUGCAGAAAAAAGCUAUGGUUUCUGGAGCAGCCGUCUUGAACUAUUCCUCUGCCUUCUUGGAACAAUGCCACACAGAGAUUUGUGUUUGCGAAGUGGACGGAUAGGUAGAGCCUGGAUCUUGAGUUCUUGACAUAGCAGGGCUUGUUUUUGCAAUGGAGCUGCCUUUAGGGGUACAGAUUACCCGUAGCAACCUCACUUCACUACUAGUCAGCCAUACAGUGGCAAACCAAACCUACAUGCAGAUGCAGUGGCACCCUUUUUUUCCCUGUGCGAUAGUACCUCUGCAGUCAUUUGUUUCUACUUGCAAGAAAAUUACAAUUGAGCGUGUAUCUUGCAGGUUGGUGAUUAACCAGAGAAAACCAAAUCGCUCGGCGAUUUGUUAAUUGGAAAAUGGCUGCGGACUGCAGCCAUUUGUUCA